CGGCCCACGGGAUACGGCCCAAAUCCCGGCCGCAGAAGCCACGCGCCGCUGUCCCUGCCCCAGCGCGGUGCACGGAAACCCACCGCCGCGGCGUCGGCUGCUCGAUUCCCUUCACUCCCGCCGACUCCGAGUUCCGCGCAACUCUGACGCGGAGCUCCGCCUCCAUGGCGCCCCCGCCACGCGCCACCGCGGUCCUCGCGUGGGGUUCGGGGGAGGACGGGCAGCUGGGCAUGGGCGGGAACGAGGAGAAGGACUGGGCCCGCUGCGUCGCCGCGCUGGAGCCGUACGCCGUCACCGCCGUCGUUGCCGGCAGCCGCAACUCCCUCGCCAUCUGCGAGGACGGACGCCUCUUCACGUGGGGGUGGAACCAGCGCGGCACGCUCGGGCACCCGCCGGAAACCAAGACGGAGAGCUCCCCGGGGCCCGUCGACGCCCUCGCCGGCGUCAAGUUCGUCCAGGCGGCGAUUGGCGGGUGGCAUUGCCUCGCGGUGGACGACAAAGGGCGCGCCUACGCCUGGGGGGGGAACGAGUACGGGCAAUGCGGCGAGGAGCCUGAGAGGAAGGAGGAUGGGACGAGGGCGCUCAGGAGGGACAUCCCGAUCCCGCAGCGGUGCGCGCCCAAGCUCAAAGUCCGGCAAGUAGCUGCUGGAGGGACACACUCUGUGGUUUUGACACAAGAAGGUCACGUUUGGACAUGGGGCCAACCAUGGCCUCCAGGCGAUAUCAAACAAAUAUCUACACCGGUACGUGUGCAAGGCCUUGAGAAAGUGAGGGUGAUUGCUGUAGGUGCAUUCCAUAAUUUGGCACUAACAGAGGAUGGAGUUCUGUGGGCAUGGGGUAACAAUGAGUACGGUCAGCUGGGGAUUGGAGAUACCCAACCAAGAUCACAGCCAAUUCGUGUUGAAGGGCUAUCUGACUUCUCACUGGUUGACAUUUCUGCUGGAGGUUGGCAUUCAACUGCAUUGACUGAAGAGGGAGAGGUGUUUGCUUGGGGGAGAGGAGAACACGGUAGGCUUGGAUUUGGAGAUGAUAAGAGUAGUCACAUGGUGCCCCUAAAGGUUCAGCUUCUGGCUGGAGAGGAUAUUGUUCAGGUAUCAUGUGGAGGAACCCAUUCAGUCGCGCUAACUCGAGAUGGACGGAUGUUUUCCUAUGGGAGGGGUGAUCACGGCCGUCUAGGCUAUGGUAGGAAGGUGACGACGGGUCAUCCCAUGGAAGUGCCCAUCGACCUGCCGCCGCCGAAGACCAGGACGGGCUCCGACGGGCAGUGGCAGGCCAAGUACGUGGCCUGCGGCGGGCGGCACACCCUGGCCAUCGCGGAAUGGACCGAGGCACACGACUGAUCACAUUCCGCUGGGUGCUGCGCUUCCUGAUCUGUGUGCAAUUCGGGAACUGAUACGACUAGUAAAGUUCGUUAGAAUAAGCAUAAGGUCUGCAACAUGAGGCACGGAGACUGCAAUGUAUGAACUGAAUGAACAUAAUAAGAAUCGGGAAUGGAACUUUAUCUGUGCAGAGAUAUAAGAGACGCCUUGGGUAUUUUGGCAAUGUUUUGAUGAACAGAAGUCCGACAUCCGUGCCUGGGCCCAUAGAUUAUGAUCUAGCCUGAUCUCUCUCUACACCACCCCUUUUCAGUUUUCACAAACCCAGGAUGUACCAUAACUUGGAAUUUUUUUAUUAUAUUUUUUUCAAUAUUUGUAAAAAUACAUGUCCGUUUCAAAAAUUUGCAGAAGUAGCCUACUGUCGCCUGCUAGUGUACUAUGGCAUUUUGUUGCGAA